UCCAAUUCCAAUCCCUCAGGAACCCCAUCUCCCCUUUUAGUUUUUCCUCUGUCUCAAUCAAAAUCCUCUUCCAAACAAAACUCGGAGAUCUCGUCGCAUUGAAUUCUAACAUCAUUUUCUUUCGCUCUUCUUCUCAUUUGCUAUCACAAAACCCGCAAAUCUUGCUCGCAAUUAAUUCAAGGAAAAUCAGCUCGAAAUAAAAAUGGAUUCAAUUUCAACCCCGCCUUCCCAUCGCUCGAACCCAAACUCUCAGACCAAAUCGGCUUCUCGUUUAGCAAGAAUCGGCUGCUCUGUUAUUGAAUCGGAAGAGCAAAAAAGACCCACAAUCCCACAUCUCUCUUUGGACCACAUUUCUCCGUCUCCCAAGAAGACGACGACUCCUACUUCACCAUCCGCUGUUUCUCUCAGAUCAUCCACCAACUCUCUUCCUCUCCAAGAACUUCUGCUUCUCUCCCCCGCUUCUCCUCUGCGAAGAUCAAGAUCCCGACUCGCUGAUAGGAUUGAAAUGGCAGAGGAAGGUGCCGCAGAGCAAGGUAGUUCUCGGAGGAGGUGCAAAAGCAGAGCUGCCCAGAUGGGUCUUUUGGGAUGUGGGUCGCCUAGGAAUAAUAGAAGGUCAAGGAGGAGAAUGGAGAUGGAGUUAAGAGAAGAUAGGGAUUUGGUUUUGGGUGAUGAGAUGGGGAAACCAAGAAAAAGGCGGCAUAGUGGGAAAUCGAAGAAGGAGAAGCUCAGUUUGGUGCCUUGUCUUCCUUCUUCAUGUUCGUCUCCAAAAGCUGAAGAUUCCGAAAAAGGUAAUCUUGACCGAAUGGGGGAAAUGAUUGGUGAUUUGGUUAUGUGGAGAGAUGUUGCAAAGUCAAGCCUGUGGUUUGGAUUUGGAUGUUUAUGUUUCUUCUCUUCUUUUUUUACCAAAGGAGUUACUUUUAGCAUUUUCUCCUUGAUAUCUCAAAUCGGUCUUCUGUUUUUGGGCGUUUCCUUCUUCUCGAACUCAAUAUGUCAUAAUGUUGAGAAGAGGAAUGAAUUCAAGCUGAGCGAAGAAGAUUUUUUGAAACUAGCUAGACUGAUACUUCCAGCUACGAAUCUUGCAAUUUCAAAGACAAGAGAGCUCUUCUCUGGGGAACCAUCCAUGACCCUCAAGGUAGCUCCAUUGCUCCUCCUUGGAGCUGAGUAUGGCCACAUUAUAACCCUGCGGAGGCUCUGUGCAUUUGGGUUUUUCUUAAGCUUCUCCUUGCCAAAACUUUAUUCAUGCUACUCCAGUCCGAUAAGUCAGAAAGCUGGGUACAUGAAACAAUGGGUCAUUGAAGCUUGGGGAGCUUGCUCUCAUAAAAAGGUUGUGGCAGCUUCAGCAGCCACAGCCUUUUGGAAUCUCUCUAGCGUAAAAACUCGUGUUUUCACUGCAUUCAUAUCCCUGGUAAUAAUCAGGUAUUACCGUCAACAUCAAGUGCAAAAGUCAGAUGAAGAGGAGGCAGAAGAGCUGGAAGUAGAGCAGCCAGAGCAGGCUUUGGUGGUGGCAGGAGAGAAAUCACAGAAGAACUAAUUUGGUUCUGUACUCGUAUUGAAAUUCUAACACAAUAAAAUGUUGUUUUUUCAAUAGACUGAUGAGUAAAGUAUAUUGGUCUAUAUCGAAACCUAACAAUGAAGCAUUAAUGUUUGACAUGUAUAAUAAAAAGGCGUUUGUGUUUCUUGUUCA